CAGAAGAGGAUUAAGAUAAGGGCUGCAUAUAUGAUGGGAAUAGGUACUAAUGGGAUAUCUAUUAUUGUACUACUCAUAAUAAUAAUUGAAUCAGGUACAUUAUUAAUAUUAAUAUUCUCAGAUCCAGCUGUAGAUGUAUUAAAUGAGAUUGGUAUACGUAGUGGUAUUAACCCAUUUUAUAUAUCAUUCAUACUAGCACCAUUAGCAAGUAAUGCAAGUGAAUUAGUUGCUGCCUAUAGUUAUGCUCAAAAGAAGACUUCAAAACAUAUUACUAUAUCUAUAUCAACAUUACAAGGUGCAGCAUCUAUGAAUAAUACAUUCUGUUUGGGUAUAUUCCUAGCAGUU